AUGUUUAUAGUACGAGCUUUGGAAAAGAUUUUAGCGGAUAAGGACAUAAAAAGAUCAUAUCAUAAUCAAUUGAAAAAGUCUUGUGAGGUGGCCCUUGAGGAAAUAAAAACUGAAUUAAAAAAUGGAGGCCAGCCUGAAUCAUCCGAAAGUCCAUCUUCAGGAACUCUUCCACUACCAAAAAAUGACGCUUCGAACAUCAUUACUGCAGAAAAAUAUUUUCUACCAUUUGAGCUGGCAUGCCAAACUCUCCUUCAGAACUUUAAGGUUCACCUGAAGAAGCAAAUUGAAGUGUUCUUCAAAGAAAUCUUUAUGAAUAUCUUAGAGACAUCAAGUUCUUCUUUUGAACACAAGUGGAUGGUGAUACAAGCCCUGACAAGAAUUUGCGGUGACGCCCAAAGUGUAGUAGACAUUUACGUUAACUAUGACUGUGAUCUCUCGGCGGCAAAUCUGUUUCAGAGAUUAGUGAAUGAUGUAUCUAAGAUUGCACAGGGCAGGCAAGCGUUAGAGUUGGGUGCCACACCUAAUCAAGAGAAAUCCAUGCGGAUAAGGGGACUAGAGUGCCUCGUGUCAAUUUUGAAAUGUAUGGUAGAAUGGAGCAAGGAAUUAUACAUCAAUCCUAAUAUGCAAACCACGCUCGGUGAGAGAACCAUAAAAGAGGAUUCAGAUCAUCAUAGCAUCAAAUCCCAUGGUGGUUCCAGUCUUAGUUUGAUUUCAACGGGGUCUAGCAAUGUUGGCAAUAGGGAAACGCUAGAUUCACCCGAGCAGUUCGAAGUUCUGAAACAACAGAAAGAGGUCUGGGAGACUGGAAUAGACCUCUUUAAUAGAAAGCCGAAAAAAGGUGUAGCAUUUUUGCAGGAACAAGGUCUAUUGGGAACAUCCACGAAAGAAAUAGCUGAAUGGCUGCUGACCGACGAAAGAAUCGACAAAAUAUUCAUAGGAGAGUAUUUAGGUGAAAACGACGACCAUUCCAAAGAAGUUAUGUAUGCGUAUGUUGAUUCCAUGGAUUUCUCGAACAUGGACAUAGUGGCGGCCUUGCGACAUUUCUUAGAAGGCUUCAGAUUGCCCGGCGAAGCGCAAAAAAUUGACAGACUAAUGGAAAAAUUCGCAGCACGAUACUGUGAAUGCAAUCCAACCAAUACGCUAUUCAUGAGUGCCGACACCGUCUACGUAUUAGCAUUUUCCAUAAUAAUGCUAACAACGGAUUUGCAUUCGCCGCAAGUGAAGAACAAAAUGACAAAGGAACAAUACAUCAAACUGAACAGCGGCAUCAGCGACAACAAUGACCUGCCGCGUGAAUAUUUAUCGCAGAUUUACGACGAGAUCGCCGGCCACGAGAUCAAAAUGAAGAACACUUCGAAACCGGGCAAACACAUGAUCGCUAAUGAGAAGAAGCGGAAACUUGUGUGGAAUAUGGAGAUGGAGCAGAUAUCGACUGCCGCUAAGAAUUUAAUGGAAUCAGUGUCGCACGUUCAGACGCCUUUCACGACGGCUAAACAUGUGGAGCAUGUUAGGCCGAUGUUCAAAAUGGCUUGGACCCCAUUCCUCGCAGCAUUUUCGGUUGGCCUUCAAGACUGUGACGAUACAGAGAUCGCGUCGCUGUGUUUAGAUGGCAUAAGAUGCGCCGUCCGUAUCGCUUGCAUUUUCCACAUGUCCUUAGAAAGGGAUGCGUACGUCCAAGCCCUUGCACGAUUCACCCUGCUCACAGCAAACUCGCCCAUUACCGAAAUGAAGGCGAAGAAUAUUGACACCAUAAAAACUUUGAUAACUGUAGCUCAUACGGAUGGAAACUAUCUGGGAAGCAGCUGGUUAGACGUCGUCAAGUGCAUUUCCCAACUGGAACUGGCCCAACUUAUUGGCACGGGAGUGCGGCCACAGUUUUUAUCAGGAUCGGGAAUUAAACCUCAGCCUGACUCCUUGAAGUUUAGCUUAAUGGCGUUAGACCCCAGUGUGAAGGAGCACAUAGGAGAAACGAGUUCGCAAAGCGUCGUCGUAGCCGUUGAUAGAAUAUUCACGGGCUCAACUAGGCUUGACGGUGACGCGAUAGUCGACUUUGUAAAAGCUUUGUGCCAGGUAUCUUUAGAUGAAUUAAGUCAUCCCACAAAUCCUCGAAUGUUUUCACUACAAAAAAUUGUUGAAAUAUCUUACUACAAUAUGGGUAGAAUUAGGCUUCAGUGGUCUCGAAUUUGGCAAGUGCUUGGUGACCAUUUUAAUAAAGUAGGCUGCAGUAGUAAUGAAGAUAUAGCUUUCUUCGCCGUUGACUCGUUAAGACAGCUUUCGAUGAAGUUUAUUGAGAAAGGCGAAUUUGCUAAUUUCAAAUUCCAGAAAGACUUUUUAAGGCCAUUCGAGCAUAUAAUGAAGAAGAACAGUUCCCCUACAAUAAGGGAUAUGGUUGUGAGGUGUAUUGCGCAAAUGGUAAACUCACAGGCUCCGAACAUUAAAUCUGGUUGGAAGAAUAUAUUCUCCGUAUUCCAUUUGGCGGCAAGUGAUCAAGACGAAGCAAUUGUCGAUCUAGCAUUCCAAACUACUGGUAAAAUUAUAACGGAACUGUAUGAAAAGCAAUUCCCAGCUAUGAUAGAUUCAUUCCAGGAUGCGGUCAAGUGUCUCUCAGAGUUCGCUUGUAAUGCCAAGUUUCCUGAUACAUCCAUGGAAGCAAUAAGGCUGGUAAGAUCUUGUGCAACAGCUGUUGGGGCUUCACCACAACUUUUUGCUGAGCACGCGGGCUUAGAAGGUGAACCGGGCGCACCCGAAGAGGACAGAGUAUGGCUGAGAGGUUGGUUUCCAUUACUCUUCUCUCUGUCAUGCGUCGUAAGCCGCUGCAAAUUAGACGUCCGCACACGAGGCCUCACGGUCCUGUUUGAAAUCAUAAAAACACACGGUGAAUCAUUCCGUCCGCAUUGGUGGAGAGAUCUGUUUAAUAUCCUAUUCAGGAUCUUCGACAACAUGAAGUUGCCGGAGCACCAGCUAGAAAAGAACGAAUGGAUGACUACAACAUGCAAUCACGCGUUGUAUGCGAUUGUCGAUGUCUUCACGCAGUACUUUGACAUUCUCGGCUCUCUCCUACUGGAGCAGCUAUACGCCCAGCUGCAUUGGUGCGUGCAGCAGGACAACGAGCAGCUGGCCAGGUCCGGCACUAACUGCUUGGAAAAUCUAGUCAUUUCGAACGGGAUGAAGUUCAGCGAGGACACCUGGAGCAAGACCUGCCAGAUCAUGCUGGAUAUAUUCAACAGCACGCUGCCCACGACGCUGCUCACGUGGAAACCGGAAGAGCAAGACGAUGGCGAAACGCCGCACGUUCGCCACGGGAUACUGAAGAAGCCGCAGAGCGGGGACGAGGCGAAAUCGUCGAAUCGCGUCUUCAACAGCCUCCUAAUCAAGUGCGUCGUGCAACUCGAACUGAUUCAAACGAUCGACAACAUCGUCUUCUACCCCGCCACGUCGAGGAAAGAGGACGCCGAGACUCUCGCCCUAGCGGCCGCCGAACUAACCGGCGGCGCGCCCGGUACGGAGCAAGAGUGCCAGCGCGAAGAGCAAGGCAUGUACAGGCUGCUCAGCUCGCCGCACCUGCUGCGACUCGUCGAGUGCCUGAUGUGCAGUCAUCGGUUCGCGAAGACCUUCAACACGAACAACGCGCAGCGCAACGUUCUGUGGAAGGCCAACUUCAAGGGCUCCGUGAAGCCGAACAUGUUGAAACAAGAGACUCAGUCGCUGGCCUGCGUGAUGCGGAUCCUGUUCAAGAUGUACGGCGACGAGGCGCGACGGGGCCACUGGCCGGCGGUCCAGAAGAGCCUCAUCGGCAUCUGCUGCGAGGCACUCGAAUACUUUGUCGGAUUGACCAACGAGGCCCACAGAGACGCCUGGACCUCCAUUCUGCUGCUGAUUCUCACACGGAUACUGAAGAUGCCCGACGAAAGGUUUGCGGCGCACGUGUCCAGCUACUACCCGCUGCUGUGUGAGAUCACAUGCUUUGACCUGAAGCCGGAACUGCGUACCGUUCUCCGUCGCGUCUUCAUCCGCAUCGGUCCCGUGUUCAACAUCGUCAGCGUACAG